GAAAAAUUGAAUUUUUUAUUCGAAAUUAAUUGUUAUUGUUAUAUAGAUAUUAGUAUAGGUUACACGAUUAAUAUAUUUUAUCUGUGAUUCUUGAUAAUGGCUUCCUUUCAAUAAUGAAACUCCGAAUCUAGUCUUUAGUAAUUAAAAUAUAAAAAUGGAAAGUUUUCGAGAUUCAAACCCCACUGAUCAGCCGGAAGAAGCUGGUACCCAAGUAUUUCCUUCAUUUGUAUCGAAAAAUACAGUUUUAGAAUGUACGAAUGUUUGGAUAUAUUAUUUACAAAUGUUAAAUGGCUUGUGUACUGCAGGAGUUCGUUUAUCACAAUGUCUAAAUAAUUUGGCUCAAUUAUCCGGUAAAUCAUUGUUCGUGGCAUCCCAGUGUCAAACUAGCUGGGAUGAGCUAUUAAAAGCUACAUUGGUUGCAACACAAACAGUAAAAACUCACAUUGUUGCAUCUUUACAAGAUAUUAGUAUUGUCGAUACAUAUUCUGAACAAGAUUCUCAACAACAAUUCGAUAACAAUCAACAAAUCAUAUCAGAAAAUGUGCUUACGUUUAUCAACUUACAAUAUCAAUUUUCAUUAGCCAAUUGUGAAUUUUUCGGUAUUAUGGCAACAUGUCCUUGUUGUCAAACAUUAUCCGGUGGCGUUCAUGAUCCAGAUUGUGGAAUGGCAAGCUUACAACAAUGUUUUGCACGACUUUGUACACAAGAACCAAGAUCUCAAACAUCUAGUCCACAUUCAGGACCAUCACAUAGUUACCAUAUUGAAAGUACAAAAACUGACGUCCCACGUACACAAAGCCCUGGUUCAGCUGGAGCAAAUCCUGAUAUUCGCGUACCAUCGCCAUUUCAAGGACAAGAAUCAAUACGUGGCCCAAGUCCAGUCCAUGGCUUUGUCGAUACGAUCCGUGGUCCAAGUAAUUUUGAAACUAUACGAGGCCCUUUUCCUAAUCCUGGACAGUUGCAUACUAUGAAAACAAUGUUUCCUGGUCGCAGAGGAUCACGCAGUCCAUUGAAUUUUCCUUUGUUUCCCUUGAAUGGACAACGACGAUGGUCUGAAGCUGCAGCUGCUGAAGUUAUGAGUGAAUCAUCUGAAGGGACAAUGAGACGUUGGUCAAUGCCAUGGGAUAGUGGUAAAUCUGAACAACAUAGUUGGCCCAAAAUAUUACCAAUGUCAAAGCUAACGGUUCCAAUAUCAACAAGCUCCCAGGAUCGAAGCCGUUCUGUCACCCCAGAGUCAUCAUGUAUUCCAUCAAUCCUAGGAUCAGAAGGUUUAGCUGAAGCGAUACAAUUAUUAUCAUCGAGACCGUUACGAACCACAAUGAUACCAACUCAUUUAGGUCAUCCCAAUGAGGAACGUUUUUCUCGAAAAAUGUACCACAUGCAACAUGGUCACAGAGCUCCAGUUAGUUUACAAGAUCCGCACGAAACGGGAACCACACCAGUGACACAACAGUAUGAGAUAAAUCCACCGAUAUUUCCGCAAGGGUAUUCUAGGAAAAGUAGUUCAUCGACAGAUUCGUCAUCUUGCUUGUCAAUUCAUAGUCGGUCUACAACAAGUUCGGAACGUGGAUCUGACGUAACUGCUGCUAUGGUUCGAACUCAUCAUAUUUAUUCAAUUUGGAGUGGUAGUGAUUAUUUACCAUUUAUUCGAGUUCCAGAAUCACAAGAACCGCAAGAAAGUAGCGACGAAGACGAAUCUACUGACGGUAGUCGACAAUCGCUAUAUCCAAAACCGACGUAAAUUAUUUAUGGAAAAUAUUUUACGGAUCAAAUUUAUAUUUGGGUCGUCUUAUAUAUAAUUUCUCAAAGAUUUUGAGAUAAUUGAACUAGAACACCAUUUCUUUUUAUAAUGAAUUUUAAUCAAAAUGUUUUUCUAACGAAUAUUUACUCGUUUUCGAGGCAUUAUACGUAUAUAUUAAAAACAUACAGAA